UAUACCAUUAUGAACAAACCAACAAAAGGAUGCGCACAAGCCCUCUUCAAACACCACCCUCUGCCUGACUGCCUACUCUCAUGCUAAAGCCAUGCCAUGCCUUGUAGUCCAACGCCUACACGUAUAAUUCCCAUGCAUAGCUUGUUUCUUUCUCUUCUCUUCUCCUGCUCUGCAACUUCUGCUGUUGUCGUUGCUGUUGGGCUCCACCAGUUUGCCUGCCUCGCUCAGUCUCUAAAAAAACUCCACUGCUUCUGCUGCUGCUGCUGCUCGCAUCGUCAUUCUGUCGAACACCAUGCCUUCGCCGAGCGACGUCGUCGCGGCCACCACCAAUAACACGUGGGGCCCAUACACCAGCGGCAAGGACUUCGGGGUCAACAUGGCCACCGUCCUGGUGGUGCUCCUCGGCGCCACGGCCCUGGCUUUCGCGCUGCACGUCGCGUACAGGUUCCUCGUCCGCCUCCUGGGCGGCCGGAACCUCGGUAGAGACCGCGCGGGGGCCACCCACGAUGCUGGCGGCGGUGAUCAGGAUGACAAGCCUACGGCGGCGGCGCAGCUAUCGGGGCCCGUGGUUUCGUUCUCCUCCGGGGCGACGAGGGUGGCAGGGGCGCCGGAGUGCGCCAUCUGCCUCGCCGAGCUGGAGGAGGGCGACCUCGUUCGCGUGCUCCCGCCCUGUAGUCACGGCUUCCACGCGCAGUGCGUCGAAGCGUGGCUCGUCGGACGCUCGUCCUGCCCCACCUGCCGCACCGACUGCCGCCCGACGCCGGAGACUUGAAGAUCGCCGCCAUUUCUUUUAUUGCUCUGUUGCAAUUUCUGUAACAAAAGAUCUACGGUAGGCAAUAAAUUAAUAAAGAUUUUGUGAACUACAGACGAUUAAAUAUUUGUACUUAAUUUAAUUUAGGAGUGUAUUUAAUGUUUGACUUUUGUGAAUUUAAAAUUUUAGUUGUAUCCGAUCUAAAUUUUAUAAAUUUUAUAGAAAUUUAA